AUGAGCACCGAUAGUAAACAACAACCGCCACAAGUGGUGUCCAAACUGUUUGAGCCGCUGACCAUCAAACGGACUCAAUUUAAAAAUCGUAUCGGCGUAUCACCGAUGGUCACAUGGGCGGCCAAAGAGGACGGCCUACCCGUGGAUUUUCAUUUGGCACACUACGGCCAGUUUGCAUUAGGCGGUGCCGGCCUAGUCGUAUGCGAAGCUACAGCUGUCGAACCACGCGGACGGAUAACAGCGGCCGAUACUGGCCUCUGGUCGGACAAACAUGUCCAACCGUGGCGUCGGGUAACCGAUUUGCUUCGGUCACUCGGUUGUGUACCGGGCAUACAGUUGGCACACGCCGGCCGUAAGGCCAGUACAUCAGUAGAGUCCCGAUCCAGUCAAUCGUUGGCCACUAGUCAGGGCGGUUGGGAUACAGUCGGACCCUCGGGUCUGGCCUUUAGCGACCAAAUUAAAGAACCGAAAGCGGCGACUGUUGUCGAUCUGGAGGUCAUCGGCGAUGCCUUUGCAUCGGCAGCUCAGAGGGCCGUUAGGGCCGGGUUUGAGUUUAUUGAACUACAUUUUGCCCAUGGUUAUCUAUUGAGCACCUUCCUAUCGCCCCUAACCAAUCAACGUCAAGAUAAAUAUGGCGGUUCACUGGAAAAUCGUAUGCGAUUUGGACUGGAAAUUGUCGACAAAGUUAGGGUUGCCAUACCUAACGAUAUAGUACUGGCCGUCCGGAUAUCGUUUACCGAUUAUGCCGACGAUGGAUGGGAACUGAAACAAUCGGUUGAAUUUGCUAAACAAUUGAAAGCACAUGGAGUUGAUUUGGUUGAUGUUAGCUCAGGUGGUAUUAUCGGCGGUAUAGACUACUCGCCGUUCAAUACGGCCGAUCAGCAGCACUCGGCCGCGGCAGUCAUACAGCGUGAUUCUGGUCUACCGACCGCAGCUGUCGGCAAAAUUAUUGAUCCCUUGUUUGCUGAACGUCUACUCAAGGAUAACGUAUCGACAUUUGUAUUCAUUGGUAGGGCGUUCCUCAAUGAAGCUCAUUGGCCGUAUAGGGCCAGUGAUCUACUCCAGGAUCAGUCAUUCAAAUAUCCCCAAUCGUAUGACUGGUGUAUCGGUUGGACAGCAUUUUUCAAAUGGCCCUAG